AUGAAGAUUGGCAUGAAUUUUGAGCACAUAUGGCAGAAGACGUUGACAGUGCUGAACCCUAUGAUCCCAGCAGAUGGCAGCAUCAUGAAUGAGACCGACCACCCUAUUCUGUUCUGUAUUGCUCUGGGUGUCACUUUACUCAUGGCAGGCAAAUCCCACUUUGGCUAUGUCUAUGGGAUCAGUACCAUCGGCUGUAUGGCGAUCUACACCCUGUUGACCCUGAUUAGUUCCCUGACUGUGUCCUAUGGCUGUGUAGCCAGCGUGCUGGGCUACCGCCUCCUCCCAAUUGUGGCACUAUCUGCAUUUGCAGUCGUCUUUCCCCUACAAGGGAUCAUCGGAACGAUCCUGGCCUUGCUGGUGAUUGGCUGGUGCAGUCUCUCAGCUUCCAAGAUCUUCAUCUCCACCCUGGCUAUGGAGGGCCAGCAGCUGUUGGUAGUGUACCCCUGUGCCCUGCCCUAUGGACUCUAUGGAGUCUUUGCCUUGCUAACAGUGUUCUGA